GUUGGAAUGGCAUCCUCUGAUACUGCGUUUUAUACCUACACGUGAUAAAUUUCCGGGCUUUGCCCGCAUGGCCCAAGCCAAGGACGGCUGUGAAUGGGCUGUCCGCUUCCCUAUGUUCCUUUCCUCGCAUCGAUUCUCGAGACAACCCAUUCGUCCUUAAUCCCCAUUCCUCCAUUUCCUGUUCGACUGCAUUAAAGAGCAAACACUGCUGUCGACUGACGAUUGCUUCUCUUUUUCUCACUCUGAUUCAUGACCUCACUUGCUACUUCUUAUCAAAAGCCAACGUCCGGCGUCCAGAAACUUGUCCACCGAACCAAAAAAAUGCGCUUCCCUCGCCGUGCAAACCGGUUCCUGCAGAUGCAAGAGGACACCGGCUACUCUGACGGACAGUUCGUUGCGCCCAUGCCCAAAAUCCCAUGGAAGUCAAUUGCUCUUGCAAUGGUUCUUUUGAUCCUCGGUACCGUAGGACUGACCAUUGGAUCGCUACUCAAGGUCGGCAUCAUCGUUAGUCCAGACUGGCUGGAUAAAGGCACCCCGCUCCUAAUUCUUGGCGCGCUAUGCUUCAUCCCAGGAUCGUACCACGUCGCACUUGCUUACUAUGCAUACAAGGACUAUGAGGGCUACUCAUUCUCACACAUUCCCGACAUCGACGAUUAGACACGCAUCUCAGCAGGGCAGAGAAUUAUGUUUCUAAGACACUGCUUACUGCCUUGUUUCUAUCACGCAUAUGAGCUUCGCCUCAUUCCAUUUGUAUUAUAUCUGAUAUCUUCAAUAAAGCUAUGGCAGUUCAGGCCAUUGUCGCUCAAU